AUGGUUCUGGAAGACGUCCUCCAAGUCGCUCCGGGAUGGGAAUUUCCAAGCUGGAAGAAUCUCCAGAGCUUGUCAGAGUCCCAAGUUGACCACUGGUCUCAGAACCAGCAAAUGGUGAAGGUCGAGUUGGCCUUUUUGAGAACUGUUAGCUUUCUGGAUGGUGAGAGCUGUGCCAGAUGCGCCCAGCUGGCACCUUGGGCACACAGCUCCACUUUCCUGGCAGUGGCUCAGGAAAAUGUGAGGUGCAGACGCGCUAGCGCUGGACUCCUGCUAUCUCGAUGGUUGGACCAGAAGUAUUGCUGCACAACACCGUUCCAGCAGCAGCGUGACCUCGAAAUUGCUGCACAACACUUUGAAACCAUUGCAGGUCGGUAUUCCCUCCUGGAGAAGCUUGGCAAUCACAGAUAG